GCAUGCUAGGCUGCGCUGCCUGGUGGUUACGUUGUGUCUUUUCCCCAGUGGGUUGGAAGUAGUUACCUUUGUAGCCAAAAAGGAGGAAGGAAGGAAGGAAUCCACAGACACACACACACACACACACACACACACACACACACAGACGCAACCCAAGGGAGGAAGUUCAUUGAGACACUGAGAUUGCUCCUGGUGGCCCGGGCUCGCCUCUGAAGUGUGGCUGCGGUGCUGCUGCUGCUGUUGUUGUUUUGUUGUUGUUGUUGCUGCUGCUGCUUCUUUGGAGCCUCCACUUCUCCAACAACAUCCCGUCCCCGGGGGGGCUCCGGGCUCCUGGCAGCGACUUGUUUGGGGGGAAGGCAGCGCGGGAGCGGACGCUGGAGGUUUGAUUGACAGGCAAUGGCUACAAAUUGCUGUCUGGAGUGAGCUGAAGAUGCAACCAUCUGACUAACAGGUUUCUGAGCAGCCCCUGGAGGCCCAAAGCACCUGGAAUUAACCAGACGGCAGAAUAACAUGAACUGAGAAAGAAGCAACCCGGAUUUUUGUUGGUUUUUUGGUUUUGGUUUUAAAAACUUUUACAUAACAAAAAAUUCUUUCAUGAAAACAUUUUAAAACAGGGUUAUUUUUCCCCUCCCCCGAACAAGAAAGUCAUCCCCAUACGGUGAGGAUUUCCGGAGAAGAUGGGGAGGAAAAAGAUCCAGAUCCAGCGGAUCACGGAUGAGCGAAAUCGACAGGUGACCUUCACCAAGCGGAAGUUCGGUUUGAUGAAGAAAGCCUACGAACUGAGCGUCCUGUGCGACUGUGAGAUCGCCCUGAUCAUCUUCAACCACUCAAAUAAGCUGUUCCAGUACGCCAGCACGGACAUGGACAAGGUGCUGCUCAAGUACACCGAGUACAACGAGCCGCACGAGAGCCGGACCAACGCAGACAUCAUCGAGAUGCAAGGCUCCAUCCCGAAUGGAAUUGCUUUCCUGCCUCUCCCUUCUGGCCCGGAUGGAGCAUCGGCUCUGAUCUGCAUUAAUGAAUCCUUGACAUUAAGAAAGAAAGGUUUUAACGGUUGCGACAGCCCAGAACCCGACGGGGACGACUCCAUUGACCAGAGCCCCCUGAUGGAGGAUAAAUACCGCAAAGCCAGCGAGGAUCUGGAUAUCCUCUUCAAACGAUACGGUUCUGCAGUGCCCGCUCCAAACUUCGCCAUGCCAGUGACGGUUCCGGUGACCAAUCAAAACACGUUACAGUUCAGCAAUCCCGGGGGCUCCUUGGUGACCCAGUCGCUGGUGACCUCUUCGUUGACGGAUCCAAGACUUCUCUCGCCGCAGCAGCCGGCCCUGCAGAGAAACACCGUGUCGCCGGGUUUGCCGCAGAGGCCAGCCAGCGCGGGGGCGAUGCUCGGGGGAGACUUGACCAACACCAACGGAGCUUGCCCAAGCCCAGUCGGAAACGGGUACGUCAGUGCCAGAGCCUCGCCAGGUCUCCUCCCGGUCUCAAACGGCAACACCAUGGGCAAGAUCAUCCCAGCAAAGUCGCCGCCGCCGCCCUCCCACAGCACGCAGCUCGCCGCCAACAGCCGCAAGCCAGACUUACGUGUGAUCACCUCGCAGGGCGCAAAGGGUUUGAUGCACCAUUUGACGGAGGACCACUUGGAGCUGCAGAAUGCACAGAGGUUAGGAGUCUCCCAAGCAACUCAUUCUUUAACCACGCCUGUUGUGUCGGUGGCCACUCCAAGUUUGUUGACCCAGGGCCUGCCUUUCUCUGCCAUGCCCACAGCAUACAACACAGAUUAUCAGCUGACCAGUGCCGAGUUAUCCUCACUCCCGGCGUUCAGCUCACCCAGCGGGUUGUCGCUUGGCAACAUCUCUGCCUGGCAACAGCAACAUCAGCAGCAGCAACAGCAGCAGCAACAACAACAACAGCAACAGCAGCAGCAGCAGCAACAACAGCAGCAGCAGCAGCAACAACAUCUUGUUCCUGUAUCACUAAGCAACUUAAUACAAGGGGGUCACUUAUCUCACACCACCACGUUGACUGUCAACACCAACCCCAACAUCAGCAUCAAGUCGGAGCCCGUCUCGCCGAACCGGGAACGAAACACUGCCACGCCGCUCAGCUCCUUCCCGCACCAGAGCCGGCAUGAGCCGACUGGGCGUUCUCCCGUCGACAGCCUCAGCAGCAACGCCAGCUCCUAUGAAGGCAACGAGCGGGAUGACCCCGCCAGAGCCGAUUUUGGCUCAUCCCUCGGCCUCCUGAGACCCACGACCGAGGCCGAGGGAGAGAGCCCAUCCGUAAAACGCGUGCGGCUGGACGCCUGGGUAACAUAACCAGUCCCAACUCUCUUCGAGCUGCUUUCUGCUCACGUCCGGGUGGGGGCGGGCAGAUGUGUGUGUUGGGGGUGGGGUGGGGGUGGGAUUGUUACCAGUGGCAGGGUUGGGAGGGGGAAAAGGGAGGGCCAGGGUGGAGCUAAAUGGGUUUGGGGUGGGGGCGGGGACUUAUUAUAAACUGCCUGAGAAAUAGCUUUAGGAUUUUGUAGGCAUUCAUUCUAGCGCAGCAGGCAAUGUUUGCAAUACGUAAGGCACUCCAUGGCUGAGAAGAGCUUAGCAUCAAGAAUAAGGAGGUGUGAGGGGGAACGUGUCACCAAAAAAAAAAAAAAAUCACUUAUCCCAGCGAGCAAGUGUCGGGCGUGCGUGCUAGGUUGUUGUCGAUAAAAUUCACCCACUGGCGAUUGGGAGUCAGGGAGGGCGUGAGACGUGUGCCCAGUUUGUAAGGUCAGACCUAAUUCUGAGAGAAGAGUGCCUUGGAUGAGAGCGGUUCUACAGGAACUGUACCUCGGACUUCUGAUUGGAUGCAGAGAAUUUCUUAUGCACACACAGACAUAUGCACAUUUUAGCUCCAAUUCCACAAGGCUCUGCGCACUCUAAACGCCCACUGAUGUGCAGCCAUAUUCAAAUACAGCUGAGAUUUUUUGCCACUCCCGUGCUCCCAAUCAGAGGGUGACCGGGACUGCCGUGCAGAACAGUCAGCGUGAGGUAUAUGCGCUGCUUCAGUUCCACUCAACAAAAUAGCACUUUGGUGAGUGAUGCCUCCCUUUCCUGGCCCCUCAGCACAAGAGGGCUGGAUGUCACUCAGCACGAACUGGUAACCUACCAAUGCUGCUGGGUCACAUGCCAUAUCUCUCCUCUGUAUCUAACUCACUCUCACAGCCCAGCACGCUUGGAAAGAUCAGAAUGCUGAUCAAUAUCCCAGUUCGGCGGCUUGGCUUCAUCUAAUCAGUUUCAACUCCAGUUAUGUUGCUAAAUUAAAAAUGAAUAAUAAUAAUCAUCUGUGCAAAGAGAGCUUUCCCAGUGCAAUCUAUAGGGCCAGAUUCGCAGCCAGGGUAAGUCACCUGAGCUGCAUUGUAUAAUUGGUGAGCAGUCUAGCAAAUGUUAGUACAGUCCAUGCCACUUAAGGGCCACUUUGCACUGCCAGAACCAUAUCAAGGGACAUGAGUGUAAAUGAGAACCAAGCUCCUGAUUUUUAGGGUUUUAUCUGACAGUUCAGAUGAAAUUGAUUUAAAGAAAACAUCCCCGCUGAUAGAUCAUCAGAUUAGUGCCACCCAUCUUUGCAAAUGGCAGCUUUUCAAACACCCCACUGAGGUCUAGAAUGGUGCAUAGUGGAACUAUUGCAUAUACCUGAAUAAAAAAAGAAAGACAUUUGAAAGCAGAGGAGAAGGGAAGAUCUUUUUAUUUUUUUUUUUAAUAAAGCAGUUUUGUCAACCACAGAUAGGGAAAAAUGAUAAAGAAAUGUCUAAAUCUCACAUCAAUUAAAAUUCAUACUAAUUAGAUGUUGGUGAAUUUUAAAUUAGAGCUGAUAAAAAAACAGACAAAAUUAUUCAUGGACAUUUCUAAAGUUUUUUUCAUUGAAAUCCUCAUUUUUCUUUGAAAUUUGAAGAAUUCUGAAAAAGCCCUUGAACAAGAAGUGAGGAAUGUUUGCAAAAAUCUCAUCAACUCUUUUUCUUCCUCAAAAUGCAAAACUUGUAUCAGUAAUUUGAAAUUAGAAAAUUCUGGUCAAUUCUACAUUUGGUUGAAGAAUUAGGGGAAAAUGUACAAAAAUUUCAUUGGAAAUUGUUUUCCUUCCCCUCCUCUUCAUCCAAAUCCAGAACUUUUUUGUCAUCAUUUUGAAACUCAAAAGUUCUGGCUGUACUCUUGUUUGGUCGCAAAAUGGGUAAAAAAAAAAAAAAAAAAGGCAUGUCUUUUACUGAUCUUCCUCCCAUUUAUUUUUUAAAGAUUGAAACUUGAUUAAAAUUUUCUUUGUGAUCUGAAAAAUUCCAGCUUAACAGUUUACAUUAGGGAUUCAACGGAGGGAAGUCAGCUCAGUAUAAACUAGUGAGGGCAUUGCCCUGUGAUACUUUCUUCCCGUGCAGGCCAUUCAAGCUGAUUUCUCCUGUCACAAUGGCUCAGGCAGUUAGCUACAUCACAGAUAGAACAGAACAUGCAUCUUCAUCCCCUCCUGACAAUAUUACCAGCAAUGUACUGUACUGACCCGACCCUAAUAUACUGUAAUCGGCUCAGCUAAAGCUUUCUACUAUCCAGUGAACAGAAACACACACAUUUCUCCUGCUUAACCUUUACGGGUGACAACGUUGUCAUUCUAAGACUUUAUCCGAGUCAUAGUAUGAACAGAGGCUGAUAAAACCCCGAUCAGGUUUAUGAAUUAGCAGGACAAAAAAAUACAUUCUAUAAGGGGCCACAUCCUUUGAUCUGACCUCCCAUCGAUGUCCAUGGGAGCUUUACCACUGAUUUCAGUGGUAUCAAGAUAUAUGCCUAAGGGUUGAGCUGAGAGAGAGCUUAUGUGCUUAAUGUGUAUUCGUGUAGGGUAAAAUUCACCCCAGGCAGAGGCCCACGUACCACUUCAGUCCUGUUUGGGGGGUUUCUGGUGAUGUAUAGACAUAGGACUUGCGUAUCUGCAUGGGUUGAAUUCCAGCCAUCCUGCCAAAUCCCUGGUUGCAUUGAAGUAAAUGGUACAAAGCUCCCAUUCACCUCAGUGGGCUGGGAGCCAUGUGAUUACACUAAGCAGUUAUCUGAUGGGGCCUUUGUCCCAUUUGGUUACCUCCCCUAGGGGUAGCGUGUGGAAUUAGAAAAUCUGUUCGAAGUCAGGCGACGGCACGUUUCUCCACUGUGAGUCUUAGGUCACUCAGACUUACACCUUCGCCACAUAGGUGUCACAUAAGGGUUGGCACGGUUGUAAGGCGUCAUCGUGGUUCACAGCUGUGUUUAAAUGGCAGCAGCUGGGCAUUCCAGCCAGAAAUGCCAAGCUGCCUCCCCUCUCCCUCUGUACUCUCUACUCCUUUACUUUGCCAUCUCUGAUCUUUUUUAUUUUGUCCCCCCAUCUCCAGCAGGCAGGAACACAUUUUUCACUCUUAAACCUCACCCCCGCAAAAAAACUCCCUCUCCCAAAUUAAAUAAACCAAAGGGCAACAUCCUCACUGGUCUACGUUGACACGUAAACGCCAGAUUGACACCAGCUGAGGAACUGGCAACGUGCAUGGUCAUCCGGGGUAUGGGGAGCAUGGGAGACUGGGGGGUGAGUGGCAAGAGAGAGGGCUCAUAAGUCAUUUCCAGCAGGCCUUCUUCUCCCAGUGAUUAGUGGCUUAGUUUACACGUGUGUGCUGCACCUCCAGUUCAUUGCCCAGCUCGCAAACACUGGUGAGGCUGUGGACGGGCAACUUCCUCUCUCAUCAUUAGGUAAGAUCUUCAAAAGCUUUGUUCUCCAUACUGGGUAUCCCCAUUCCUGUCCCCCGCCACCCCCACUGCCCCGGGGUCAGCAAAAUUGAAACGAGAAGGGAAGCCAGUGCAGUCAGCUCAGGAAUCUUGUACCGAAGGGCUUUUGGGAACUCCCGCAGAUAACGUCUGAGUCCUCUGCAGACAAGUGUUCAGUCACUCCUUUCGCCUGCGUUUGCGAAUGGAUGAACAUUAAUAUGAGGGCUCAGUUUAUUCCCUUACCUGCUCUCCCACUCCACCUUUUACGUUUAUCUUCUGCUUGGGAUCAUGAUCCCCCACCAAACUUGCCAGGGCACCUCAGUUCUGCCGCGGGAGAACUUUGUUUUCACUGAGUUAAUUCCCUGUGCCAGUGGAGUUCUGCUACCAUUUGUGGCUGCUCCCUGAGAUAGUUGAGAAAGCAAAUUCUCUUUCAGCAUCCACAAGCUCAGUGGCUUUGAGAUCUGCCAAACAGGCCCAGAAAUACUUCAAAGUGGAGGAGGAAAAAGUCAUGGUAGGACUUGCAGGUGUGAUCGGCUUCUUGUAGCCCAUCAUUUAUUCCAGAAGUUUCUAGACUUUUAGAAUACUUCCAACUCAGCGCAAGAUGGACGACUGAGAAGCAGAAACCUGUUGAGAUGGCAGCAGCUAAAGAAUAAGAAUAACAAAGCACUAAAAUGUGAGAUGGUUUCAAAACAGAACAUUUUUGUUUGUUUUUCGACAUUUUCCGCAACAUUUUGGAACUUUUUCAUCUUUUUGUUCCAUUUCUGAAAAUUCUCAAUUAGAAAAAUGGACAUUUUCAGUUUUGAAAUGAAUGUUUUUGGUUUAGGAAAUGAAAAAUUCAAUUUUGGAAAAGUCCUUCCAUGGACUAUGCUGACCAACCAAAAUUAGCAAUAAGGGAAGAAGGGCAAAAAGCCCCCCAGAGCCCCCAAAUGAACAGUUACAUGAAAAUGCAAUGCAAUAAAUGCGGGUUUUCUUAGGGGAAAAAAGGGAAAAUGUCACCUCUCAAAAUUAGAUUUUGUUUACUUUUUUUUAAAAAAUUUUUUUGUUUAAAUCAUUUUUCAUUUAAUUUUUUUUUUUUGGCCUAGUUCUCCCAGAUCUAAAGCCUCUCUAAAUAUAUGUGUGCCGUUAAAAUACAGCUCUCCUUGGCAGAUUUCAGUUCGUUCCCCGAGCGGUCAUGAGUUCUCAUUACAAAAACCACCAUUGCCACUGGUGCAAACUAGACCCCUUUGCUUGCAGCCUCAGUAGAAAGGCCCCGAAUUGAACGUGCUCCUUGGGGAGUCGUUCCAGAGCAAUGAAUAGCAGUAGCAGCGCCACUGACUGCAUGGUUCUAUGGAUCAAAGAAGGACUUCAUUGUCCAGAUCCAUCAGCCUUUCUCUAGUGAAGAGCAGGGUCCAACUGGCACUGCUUUCCCUAUAUAAUCAGAUGCUAACUUAGCACUUUGUUUGACAGUUCAGAUGAAUUCGCUAGCAGAUUCUUCCAUAGAUACCUUCUACCAUGACUUUUUUCCCUUAAAUGAAAUUCCUCUGUGUGCAAAGGCACAGUCAAUGCCUGAGGAACAUUAGACCCACUAGUCUCCAAGCCAUGGGGUUUAGAUAGGAAUUAAGUGGUGUACACAUCUCAUGUCGGCCCCUUUGCGUAUGGAUGAGUUUCAUCCUGGGGGCUAGAUCUGCAGCAGGUGUAAAUCAGUGUUAUUUCCAUUGAUCUGCACCGAGAAUCUGGCCCUUGGCAAAUUCUGGACUUAUGGACUACUGCCACCUUGCAAAAUUAUCGUGCGAAUGGAGCAGCUUGGGAGCAAAAUCCUACUCGCCAUAAUGAUGGACACAUCACCAAAUUAUUCUGUUUGCUUGUCAAAGAGACCUCGAAAGUUGAGCAAUUUGCAACUUUGACAACACUUCGUUUGAGAAAAAGUUUUGAUUAUUAUUCCUUUUUGUUUCAUUAAAAAACAAGUUUCCAAAUGUCAACAGAUUUUUUUUCCACAAUAAAAAUGUUGACUACUUUCCGUAUGGGCUCGCAAUCCAGAAUGGAAUUUUGCAAGGCUACGUGGGGCUGUGUUGCAAACUGGGCAGUGUGUGGGAGGUCUCUGCGGUAGGUUUUGUGUUGCCUCCAUAUGUCAAUCUAAGCUGAAGUUCCCAAUCUGAAAUGUAUCUGACCAUCAAAAUCAGAGCACGCCCACCUUAUUACAUUACCGAUGUAUGGGUACCAGCCAGCCAGCCAGCCGAAGGCUUUGCACGGCCAUGCUUUGAAAUUAAGCAGAAUACAAAGCAUUUUUCAUCAAUUUUAUUUUUCCGUCACUAUCCUGCAAAUAAACACUUUCUCUCCUGUUGGGAGACUUACGGUGGAAUGUCGUUUGCAGCUCUCAGUGCAUUCUGUAGUCAAGAGGAUCCGAAAUGGUUAACUCCAUGGACAGGUAUAAAAGACCAUCUGGUACUCAGCCAUCUGACCAGCUCAAACAUCAAUGUAGAACAAACCUGAGGAAAAACCUUUUUGCUCAUUGACUUCAUACCCUAACUCCCAACUUGGCGUGUCUAUCUUGGAGUUGAGAGCUUGGAAAAUAAAAAUGCAACUUGGGUGCAUAUAUAUAUUUUGAGAGAGAGAGAGAUGGAGGCAGACUGGCUAAAUCAGUUACAAAAUGGCAUUAAACUGUGGCACCAAGCAGCUAACAUUUCAAAUAAAUAAAUAAGCCAAGGUUCAGAGGUGAUCUUCAGAAAUCUGGUAGUGGGACUUUAAAACGUGCAUUGGCUCAACCCGUUUGGAAAUAUGGCUUGUGGGAAAGUUGGGACUGCACCAUGGGAAUUGACAGAGGGGGACGUGGGGUUUAACAACCACAUUAGCUUCACCGUUUGGGUGAAAUGAUUUUUGGGUUUGUUUGGGGUUUUUUUUCGUCUGGGUUAUUCUCUAUUUCCCCACAGACUGUAGAAUCCAGUAAACGCCUCCUGAUUUUCAAAAGAUAACCAGAAGAACGACAAUCUAAGAAAUCAACACCCUCCUUUGUGCUUCUAUACAUAUGUUUCUGAUCUUUUAAUUUUAUUUCUUGUGCUCCACUGUACUGUUGACAGUUACAUUGUGUAUAAUUUUUUUUUAAUUUGGAAUUUUGCGUUGUAUAGGGUUUAGUUUUAAAUAUAUAUAUAUAUAUUUUCCAUUUUUUAAAAAGGGGUGUUGCAAAAAAAAUUGCACGAUUUAAAUGACAAACAGUUCAAAUGCUGCAGUUUUUAGAGAUAUGGAAGCGAAACGGAGCUUAUUUAUUCUCAAAAGCUAUAAAAGGUGUAAAAUGCAUGAAGAAAAAAAAACAUUUACAAAAAACAAAAACAAAAAAAAAAGACGAAAAAAGUGUAACCUGAACAAAGUGUAGCGUUAAAAAAAAAAAUUUAAGCAAUGACAACAAUGAAAAACAGCUAAUAUAUUGUGUUUGGCUAGUUUGCUUUUGUUUUUAAUUGUUCCUUUUUUUUUUUUUUUGGAGAAUGAAAUACAAUUGUGUAUAUUUUCAUAUAAGAAGUAUGCACUGAUAUGUUUUAAAAAAAUGAUAUAUUACUUUCUAAAGAUGUGGUUACUUACCAAAGUCUGUUUCCGAUCUUUUCCUUCUUGAAACCUAUGUGGAUCCUUCAACAUACAUACGCUGGGGUUAAAUACAAGGGGCCUAUUUGAAGAUACACUAAGAUCUCUUUACAUUGCUGUGGGAGAGCUACAGUGGCAUGAUCUUAAUGCUGCUUUACACUGCCAGAGCAGCGGAAAGAGUCCUUUGUGUAACAGGUUUACUUCUCAAGCGAGUCAGAUGUGGGGUUUCCUUUGAUGUGUGGUACCUCCCCUACGAACACCAGACAUGUAGGUCUUAGCCUAGGUUAUGAACAGAUUUUAACCAUAGGUUAAAUGUUCCAUCAAAGACUGUUUUAACCCAUCAGGAGAACAAAAUUGUCCUUCAAGGAUGGGGCGUGAGACAAAUCAAGAUGUGCACUGAGGAUUUCCUGGGUAAAUUAAGAAUCAAACACAACACUGGACUCCUGUGUAAAGUCAUAUUUUGUCGAGUCAAUUCCAGUGCAUGAAAUUGGAUCAGGAGUUUCGUCCAUAUACAUCGGAGAUGGUGCUCUUGGAAGUUGUAGCAUUUUGGUGCCCUGGUUGCGUUAAUUUCAACCCCUGAGUUUGCUUAUGUUUGGCCACGACAGAGGCCAAUUGACUGCGUUGGGACAGAUUGUGGUCAUGUGUAUGGUUUUUGCAGUCCUAAGGCUUAUGGAAAUUUUAGGCUACUUCAAAAAUAACGUGACAUUUCCUGUCAUCGCUUAAGGAAAGAGCUUGGGUUUGAUUUGCCUUUUUCUGAAUAAGGAACUGGGGUACAGCAAAAUUUCAGAGAUCGGUGUAUUUUCAAAAUUUGGGUUUGCAGCAAAAUAUUGUCAAAGGUGCAAUUGGUCUAUGGGACACAGUAUCUUCCGAAUGAGAAGGGCAGAGAGAAUCGCUCUUCGAAGCUGGAGUUCAGACUAGAGAUUGGAGAUAAAUUUUACGGAGCCUGAUUUUCCAGCAGAGUAAAGAGUCACAGCUGCACCUACUUUAAGGACCUUUUACGCUGCCAGAGUGGCGUAAAGGGCCUGAGUGAAGGAGAAUUCAAGCUUGUAAACAAGUGGAUAGAAUUAAUUGGACAGCCAAACUCCUAACAGAGUUAUCCAGUGGCAAUCAGGUACCAUUGUGUAUGGGGAUGGGUAUAAAUUGGGUUGAAUGAAGUACUGAAUGGGGAUAAGCCAACAGGAAAAUCUUGGAUCCUACCGCCCCUUCACUUUGCCGGAAGGAUCGGAGGUUGGCUCUGAAUGCAAAUUUCAUAUUUGGCUCCUGUCUCUAUAGUGGGUGAAAGCCAAACAUGAGGGGCCUGGUUCUCCGCUGGCGCGCUUCUCUUGUAAUCACUGGCACCGCUGCAAAGUGAGUGUAAAACACUGCUGUUUCAUCUGGUAGAGAAUCACACUCAUAUUGCACUGAUGUCAACGUGCAAACAAGGGGCCGGGCACCUGCGAAUCGGGGAGAGCAAAAUCCAGAGUAGUGUUGCGGUCUGAGCCCACCUCUGGACUUAGGCAGCGAAGCACAUGGGGCCAAAUCCUCUGCUGGUGUAAACUGGAACCAGUGGAGCCGUGCUGAGGCUGUCAGCAUUCGGGGGGAGGGGGCUGUGCUGGACUAGGGAGGUGGCUACGCUAAAUGAGCUCUCUCCAAACUCAGCACUACUACGACAACUCGUUCCUUCAAGCUUAGCCCAAAUUUCCUCCAUAGGACAUAUUUUGUCAGCAACAAAUCAUACGGUUUUCUGAAAUUUUGCACACCAAGGGGUCUUAUGCUAAUCCCCCACGCUACCCCCUCAGUUAUACAACUAUAAAGCAAUAUUACUACCCAGAAGCUCACGUGGGGAUAUAAUUGAGGGCAGAAUUUGGUAUGAACUAGAGCCGGUUGAAAAAAAAAACCAACCCAAGAGCGACUGUGUUUCGCAGGAGGAAGCAAAGAAAAUGGUCUGAACUUCCGCACUGCUGAAAAAUCUCAGCCAUCUGAAUCAACAAACUGAUUUUUUUUUUUAUUUAAAAAAAGUUCCUUUUUUUGGGCCAGAAAAUUCUGGUGAAAUUUUGAAAAAUAAACGUUGACUGGCUUAACAAAAACCAAAACCCAACCUCACAAAUUUCAACUGCAAUUUGAAACAUUUUGACCAGCUCUAGGAUAAACAUUGUAAAACUUUGAAUAAUCACGCAGACAGGUAAUCUAGAGAGAAAUAUUUAUUUCUUUUAGUGGCUAUCCUAAGAGAGAUUGCAGGAAAAGAAUAUAUAUAAAAAUAUAUAUAUGGCUACACGGGAGUUCUUAAACUCUUUUUUUUUUUUUUUUUGGCAAAUGCCAAUUCCCUACAUUGCUUAACUAUCCCUACUAGCAGCAAGGUUUCUAGUGAACGUUUACAUGGUUUUGUAACCUGAUGGUGUCAAAGAAUUGUUUUCAGUUUGCUAAAAGGUUUCAGGUUUGUUUCUUCCCAUGCCUAUUGUUCCAUGCCAUUCCCCAUUUCAUCAUGAUGUCGUCCUCUCUUCCCAGUUCAUUCUCCUAAACGUUGGGUAGGAUUUUGAGAGAUCCCGGCCUUUGAAAGCAUCUGAAAUAUAUUCUUCGUUGGCCUACAAUUGUUUGCCCAAUAAAAUCAGGGGUGAGGGGCGAAGCAAUGGAGGGAGCUGCCCGAUUCCUCCCUAGUCUGUCCGGUUGUCGACCUUUGCUCCAUGUUUGGGUUGGUGUACGACUGUUCGACCGCAUGGCUUGGUGGCAGUGGGGGUGAGGAGAGGCUGGCAGAGGGAUGGCGGAAAGCCAGGUCCUGUGCUGGUAAAGACAGGCCUGUGGGAUCCAGGUGCGCCUGGCACUUGAGUGGUGGCCUGCUGGCUGCCUCCUGCCCUGCACCAAGGACUGCCUCAAUUGUGAAGGGGGAACGGCUCCCUGGCAAAAUGGCUACCCUGCACUCGAGUUUAGGUUCCCCCGUGGGGUUUAAGGAGGCCUCAUGCCUCACGGGAAUAAACUUAAAUACUCCACCCCGCCCCCUCGGCCUCCUCUAUACAAGGCUAGCACAAGAUGAGCCAGUGUAGCAACUCGGGACCUUUAGCACCAAAAGCCUUGGCCUCUAUCUCUUGAGCAAACGGAGUAUCUCCCUUAGCUGGUAGGAGUAGCAAGCUCUUAUCCUUGUGCGGACCAGCCACUAGAGGGGGACAUGGCCGCCUCAUCCCGUGCGUUGCAGCAGCUUUGCUGAAAAGGUCAAAGGGCCUGUUCGCGGGGAGACAGGGUGUAGAUCAGCGCUCGCUGUGGCAGGGCCACUGGUCUCCAACCUGUGCCGGAGUAGAACACUUGAUAGCAGGACCCAGCAUGCAGCGAGCCCUGCUCAGCUCUGCUGGGGGAAGCUAAGGCUGAAUGAGACUUCUCCACUGUAUGGCAGGAGAGUAAAUCAACAGGGCUUACUCCCAUGAGGAAAGCAAGCCGGGUUGGGCCCAGAGCCAUUCAGAGGGUGCUGAGGUGCGGGAGGGGGGUGGGAACUCAUCUCUACUGUUAUAAAAGGCCAGACUCUAAGUCCAAACUGAAGCUUUGAAUCAAGAUGGCUUCUCCCUGUGCUAGGACACAGCCCUUGGGGGGCAAAGAGCGAAGGCAGUUUGGGAAUAUCCCCCCUGCAGCCAUAAUAAGAUCCUGACUAGCUGUGAGAGGAGAGAGAAGAGUGCUUGAUCCUGCAUUCCCCCCACACCCCAAAGCUGCCCCUGGGGGGUGCUGGGAAAGCAGGAUGGGGUCAGAUCCGGCCAGCUUGCCUUGGUAAGUGGGAGCCGGGCAAGGAACAACCCUGUCCUGGCACCACAGAUAUCCAAGAGCCUAGAAAAUAACAUUGCCCUCCUCUUCCUUACAUCUUAGCAUAAGCCACAUCCUCAGCUGGUGUAAAUCAGUGACACUUCAUUAAUGAAGCCAGUUUACACCUGUUGAGGGCAACGCCCUGUAUUUUCUUCCUUUCUCACCUGUUUCCAUCUUUCUUCCCCCCCCACUUCACUCUCCCUCCUUCCCUCUGUUAACCCCCCCCCCCAUUAACUGAGUGUUACGUUCUCGCUACCUCUGUCAUCCCUCCUUCUGUCUGAAAACCAGAAGCCAUGAACAGUUUGUAGACGAGGGCCUUUCCUCUGGCUUUUCUUUCUUCUGGAGCUCCAGUCUCCUGUCUUUCUUCCCUUCUCUCUGACCUUUAACUUGUAGUAUUUUACCUGGCUACUGUAAUUGUAAAUAGCAAGUUUCAAUAUGUUGGCAAUGGUAACAGUACAGGAAACUGUUUUUUUGUUGUAUUGAUAUGAAAUGAGAUUAUAUUUUUGUCAGAGUAUAUUGUAAUAAUACUGACUUUGAACAUG